CUUUUACAAAUCUUUUUUUAUUAUUUUACUUAUAUCACACAUCAUGACGGCUGAUACCACUUUGGUGCCACCUUCUAGCAAUGGCAUCUCUCUCAAGAAACACAAUACUACUGAUGAUAUUCAAGGAUAUAAUGCCAACGUGUUCCCUGCCAAAAAAGAACAAAUGGUUCAAGUAUGUGCCCAUCUGGAAACUACUGGUUUUAUCCCUGAAUCUUUUUUACAAAAUGAAGUGAAUUGGUUUUACAAUAACCUUGGGAUUGAUGACGACUACUUCCGUCUGGAAUCUGUUGAAACCAUUGCAAACCAUAUUAUGGCUCUUUAUGGUGCCAAGAUUGAUGCGUUUACCAAACAAAAUAGUGGCCUAGAUAUUCAACUUGAAAAAGAAAAUGAAAAUUCAUCUGUAUAUAUUCAUUCUUCUAAACCUGGUAUCUCACAAUUGGCAGGACCUCAAUAUGAAAAAAAAAUUGAUGAUAAAUUCCUUGAUUCAUCAGUGGCUAAUCAUGCUUAUCGGGUGGAAUCCUAUCGUUCCAAUGGUACUGUUGCUUCUGAUAUUUCCUCCCAACUCCGGUGUUAUUUUGUUACCAAAUGUCAAUUUGUGAAUCCUAAUCCUACUCCUGAACAAGAAACUGAUAUUAAUCAAGUGGCAGAUAAGAGUUUCCUUUUGAAAGCUACUGAAUAUACUCGUGAAACUUAUCAAGAAGUCAUGCGUAGUGUCUUGCAACGUACUGGUCCUGUCAUUGAAGUAUUUGAAGUCCAAGGUACACGCGAACAUCGACUUGUUAUUGGUUAUCGUCAACGCAGCACACAAGGUUUCUUCUCUGCCAUGUCUGAUCUCUACCAUUUUUAUGACCUGUAUUCCUCAAGAAAAUAUGUGGAACAAUUUUCCAAUGGUGUUACUAUUAUGGGUCUUUAUCUCAAACAAUUGCCUUCAUCUAAAGCUUUACCUUUGGAACACUCAAUACAUCAAGUGAUGAAGGAAACAUCUUUGUUGUAUUGUUUACCUUCGACACCUCUUCAAGGAUUUUUUAAAUCCAACAAGCUAUCGGUACAAGAAACUGUCUAUGGUUAUGUCACUUGGAUCUUUGCUCAACACUUUUUGAAUCGGCUCGGCAAGGAAUAUCUUAGUCUCACCAAUAUCCUGGACAAUUCAAAUCCUAUCCAUGAAGAAGUUCUUGCCAAAAUGAAAAAGCGUCUUCGUCAAGAUACCUUUACCCGUGAAUAUAUAUUGGACAUCAUCAAAAGAUACCCAGAACUCAUCAAGUUACUUUAUGCUAAUUUUGCUACUGUCCAUUAUGUCAAUCAACGUGAACAAACGCUUCAACCAACCAUCUCUUAUCAACGAUUGACUGUUUUGGAAAACUUAUCAAAUGAUCAAUUACGAAAGAAAAUCUCAACCAUCACCUCCAACGCUCAUGAACAACUUGUCUUUGAUGCUAUUCUUACUUUCAAUCAACAUGUGCUCAAAACCAAUUUUUAUCAAUCCACAAAGGUAGCUCUGUCAUUCCGUUUGGAUCCCAAUUUUCUACCUGAAAUCGAAUAUCCCAAUAAAUUAUAUGGUAUGUUCUUGGUGGUUGGCUCUGAAUUCCGUGGAUUCCAUUUACGAUUCCGUGAUGUCGCUCGUGGUGGUAUUCGUAUCAUCCGAUCUCGUAACCGUGAAGCCUACUCUAUCAAUCAACGUACGUUAUUUGAUGAAAACUAUGCUUUGGCAGCUACUCAACAACGCAAGAACAAGGAUAUUCCUGAAGGUGGUUCCAAAGGCACCAUUUUAUUGGACAUUGAUCAGCAGGAUAAACCCCUCGUUGCAUUUGAAAAGUAUGUAGACUCUAUUCUGGAUCUUUUAAUCGAUGGCCAAACACCUGGUAUCAAGGAAAAAUUGGUUGAUCUCACUGGCAAGCAAGAAAUCCUAUUCUUUGGUCCUGAUGAAGGUACUGCUGAUUAUAUGGAUUGGGCUUCACAACAUGCUCGACGUCGACAAGCUAGUUUUUGGAAGGCAUUUACCACUGGAAAAAGUCAAAGUCUUGGUGGCAUUCCUCAUGACACCUAUGGUAUGACCACUCGAUCGGUACAUCAGUAUGUUCUUGGUAUCUAUCGUACUUUCGGAUUGAAAGAAGAAGAAUGUACGAAGCUUCAAACAGGUGGACCUGAUGGUGAUUUGGGCUCGAAUGAAAUCAAGAUCUCAAAGGACAAGACAUUGGCUAUUGUAGAUGGAUCUGGCGUACUUUAUGAUGCUCAAGGGAUUGAUAGGGAAGAACUUUUACGUUUGGCAAACCAUCGUUUGAUGAUCAGUAACUUCAAUAUUGAUAAACUUUCUUCUCAAGGUUUCCGUGUAUUGGUGGAUGAAAAUAAUGUCAAGUUACCUAACGGUGAAUUAAUUGAAAAUGGUCUUUCUUUCCGCAACACUUUCCAUACCAAUCCAUUGGCCUCUGCUACUGUAUUUGUUCCUUGUGGUGGUCGUCCUGAAUCCGUUGAUCUGUAUAACGUCAAGAAACUUGUGGACAAGGACGGCGUUCCUCUUUUCAAAUAUAUUGUGGAAGGUGCAAAUCUCUUCUUUACUCAAGAUUCUCGUUUGCGAUUGGAAAAACAAGGUGUAGUUAUCUUCAAGGAUGCAUCUGCCAACAAAGGGGGUGUGACCUCAUCUUCUCUGGAAGUUCUUGCUGCUUUGGCAUUCAACGAUACUGAAUUUGAAGAACACAUGUGCGUCAAGGAUGAUCAAGUACCGGAAUUUUAUAAAAAUUAUGUCAAGGAAGUGCAACAAAUCAUCGAACGUAACGCGGCUGUAGAAUUCGAAGCGUUAUGGCGUGAACAUCUCAAGACAAAGACUCCUAUCUCAUUGCUAUCGGAUGAUCUGUCUACCGCCAUUGUACAACUAAAUGAACAACUACAAAAUACUGGACUAUGGGACAAUAAGAACCUUCGACAUGCUGUCCUACGCAAAGCAUUCCCUAAUCUACUAUUGGAAAAAAUUGGUUUGGAAACUCUUUUGAAACGUGUACCCGAAAACUAUGUCAAGGCUAUCUUUGGUGCCUCUUUGGCUUCUCAAUUUGUUUACAAGUAUGGUCCUCAUCCUGAUCACUUUGCCUUUUUUGAAUUCAUGCGUGAAAACUAUUAUAAUGAAUUUGAUGAUUAA